UUUGGUUUCCGCUCGGUGAAGAAGCUUUUAGGUAAGUCCUGCUCGGACUUUUCAUCCUUUUGGAUCCCGCUCACUGAUACCCAUCCUUUGCUGUUCUAUGAUCGUACAGACUGGCGGACUGUAGUUGUGUCCGUUGACAUGGCUCCCCGCAAAGGUAAAGAAAAGAAGGAGGAGCAGGUGAUCAGCCUGGGUCCGCAAGUGGCCGAGGGCGAGAAUGUGUUUGGAGUCUGCCACAUCUUCGCCUCUUUCAACGACACCUUCGUCCAUGUCACCGACCUCUCCGGGAAGGAGACCAUCUGCCGCGUGACAGGCGGGAUGAAGGUGAAGGCUGACAGGGACGAGUCGUCUCCAUAUGCAGCCAUGUUGGCGGCCCAAGACGUAGCGCAGCGCUGCAAGGAGCUGGGGAUCACAGCGCUGCACAUCAAGCUGAGAGCAACUGGGGGCAACAGGACGAAGACGCCUGGACCUGGAGCCCAGUCUGCUCUCCGAGCUCUGGCUCGUUCUGGGAUGAAGAUCGGCCGUAUUGAGGACGUCACCCCCAUCCCCUCAGACUCCACCCGGAGGAAGGGAGGACGUCGCGGCCGGCGUCUGUGAGCGGGACCUACUCUUUCACAAUAAAAGCUUGUUAAAGUC